AUGUACUACGCGCAAAAGCAGCGGCAGCCCACAUCUGUGCUGGGGGCGCACGGCUUUACGACGGAGGUGGCCGGUCGUGACCGCGUGCGGUUUUUUCGCCGGCCCGUUGAGGCGCGCAGUAUUCCCACGUUGUACGCAGAUAUUGACAAUGUCCGUUUUGCUAAGAGUGAACCCAACACGCCAACACCGACAGGGAGCCAACUCGCAGCUGCCUUAUUUCCACAACGCACCGCUUCGGCGUCGGGGCAGAAGACGCGGCCGCACCACCUGCCCGCCAUAAAGAAGCGGGUCCACCACGCUGGAGCGGGGACUUCAAGGACUUUCACCACACCCAUGGACGGAGCCGGAGUAUCACGUGACGUAGGGAUGCAAACCGUGUAUCGCGAGAACGAGGCACAGACAGUCCCAUAUACGCCCGAGUAUUACAUUCCAGAGGGUGGGGACCCCAAUCCGGAGGUGCUGGGCAUCCGUCAACUGAAGUGGAAUGACGGCCUGCCUGCCGGUAUGGAAGAAGUGGAGCUCAUUCAGCGACUGCGGCGCCGACGCGCUGUGGAGGCGUCACUACCGCCAGAGACAGAUGCGAAGUCCGCGGAAGAGCGUUACCGUACCCUGUAUGAACUGGAAAAACAGGAGCGAAAGGAAUGUGAAGACCACAUGGCCAAAAUUCGCCAACGCCGUCUUGACAGUAUUCGUGAUGCUCUGAUGGAGCGAGAGCGGGCAAGGGAGGAAGCAAAUCUUCUUCGCUUAGAGAAUGUGAAGGCACAAAAGCUUGCCGAAUUGAGGCGCACCAUUGAGCGGACGGAGGUGAAGCGCAUUUUGAAGGGUCAGAGGCUGUUGGAAGAUGAGGCUUCUAAAACUGCACCCUCCGUAGCCUGUGGAAUGUACGCGGUGGAUCCCAUUGAUUCGCACAAGCCAAAGAAGGAUCUUAUUGAGUUUCACUCCAAGAACGGCAUGUUUGCCACUACGCCGCAGGUUACACACGGAAGGUCAAUGUCACCCGUAAUGAAGGAGCCUUCCGAUCACUUCCGGCACUACGAUGUAAGACCGACCAUGCUUACAAUUGAAGAAGGUGUAAAGGAGCUGGAGGAGACCAAGGUGCCACGCAUUCAACGGAUUCGAGCGGAUGCCUUUUUGGCCCCGGAAAAUUACGCCAUUAAUUCCCUACCAACUCUGUACCAGCGGCGUGAGGCAACACGUGUUGUGGAUGCUCUUGAAUAUGUCAAUGCGAAGAUUCAUAAGCAGGACUCCCCGGAAGAGAAGAUGCGCAUUAUGGAGCUAUAUCGCGCCACUCCGCGUCUCCAACGUCCUGACACACCCGAGUUGGAGCUUGAGGACGAUGAAGGAGAGGAGUUGGAGGAAGCCUGUAUUCUUCUUCAGCGCCUCCUUCGGGGUCGUGCAGUUCAGAAUGACUUCUUUGAUGGCAAGGAACGAUGCCGUGGACUCAUCGAAGAACUCCAGGCCGCGUCCAAUGCAAAGUAUGCCGAACGCAGUCCAGAGGAGAAGGAAAUGGAUGAGAGGGCGAAGCGUUUUGAGGCCAUUGCUGAGAGUUUGGGGGAUGCAGCGCAGGGUGAUGUUAUUGUGGAAACCCUAGAUUACCUCUUCCAUGAACUAGAGCGUCAACGAGACCUUAGCAGAUUGGAGGAACUCCGCCGUGAGGCAGAGGCUGUUCGGGCGGAGCGUGAGGCGAAGGAAGCUGAGCUCCGUGCACAACAGCGUAUCCUUCAUGACAAGGAGGCCGUGCAAUACGCCGCCUACAUCCGCGCCAUCGAAGACGUUGUUGAAUGUUACUCGCACCAGCUGUACACCACCUCUGCGGAGGAGUGUGCAAUGGAAGAGGCAAUUGCUGCGGAGUGCAGUCGCCUGGAGAGGCCUCCGACGCCUGCAAGGGAAUUUCUAGAUGCCGAUGCAACAGAAAAUUUGGUUUGCGACAUGCUUGACAGUUUUGUGCUGCCGGCUGUGGUGGACAUGGUGUGCCUCAGGCAGGAGGAGUUGGAGCGGAAGGCCCCUGCGGCCGCGGCCCUGGAAGAGGCGAACGGGACUAUUCCUCCGAAGGAAACCGACGAGAAACCCACGUAG